AGCCGAGCGUGUGUUUGUUUAAAAAAAACACUGUCCAAAAGUGAUGUAUAUGGAAUCUGGGUCAGCUGGAGCUGGUUAGAGCACUUCUGCUCUGUUCUGUGAGAAUAAAACACUGCAGUUUCAAAAAAACAUUUCCUUCUCUCUCCUGGAAUAACGCACAGCGGAGCAUUACUUUUUUUCCCUUUUUUAAAUGAUUAGGUAGUUUGGUUAUCGUAUGGAGAAACCCAAUUCCUCAGUACAGCUUGGAUCUAACAGAGAAAGACAAAAGCAGUUUUCAGCUCCAACUGCAGAUUAACAAUCCACAGCAUCGGGUAAUACAGGAAGAAAAAGCAACUUGGCCUCUGGAUUUUCCAUCUCCCACAGAAGCAAAACCAGCUGGAAGACUUUUUUUCUUGAAGCAGAAUUGCAAGACGACCUUCAAGCCAAGUAAAAAGGGCUUGUAGAAGUAGCCUGGCAAGGAAAGGCAGAUCAACAGCUGAGCAGUCUCCUGACAGUCACCACGCUGGUGGUAAAAUGAAGAUAUUCAAGUGGACUUUGGGUGUCCUGCUGUUCCUGCUGUUGUCCAUCGGGCGCUGCACGGAACAAUCCACGCCGAGCAAGACGCCCCAGCGGAGACACCCUCGCUCAGCAGAGGGUGGGGAGGAAGGGAAGAAAUGUGGUUACACCUUCUUGGUCCCAGAACAAAAAAUCACAGGGCCAAUUUGCGUGAACACCAAUGGACCAGCUGGCGGGAACAGGAAGGACGAAGUCACCAGGAUGGACAUCGAGAACCUGAAGGACGUGCUGUCCAAGCAGAAGCGGGAGAUUGACAUUUUGCAGCUGGUGGUGGACGUGGAUGGAAACAUCGUGAAUGAAGUGAAACUACUGAGGAAAGAAAGUCGGAACAUGAACUCCCGGGUCACCCAACUGUACAUGCAGCUCUUGCACGAGAUAAUCCGCAAGCGCGACAACUCCCUCGAGCUUUCCCAACUGGAAAACAAAGUCCUUAAUGUCACAACAGAAAUGCUGAGGAUGGCAACGAAAUACAAGGAGCUUGAAGUAAAAUACGCAGCACUGACUGAUCUGGUGAACAACCAGUCUGUGACAAUCUCGCUGCUGGAAGAGCAGUGCUUGAGAAUCUUCUCGCGACAGGACAGCCACGGCUCCCCGCCCCUCGUCCAGGUGGUGCCACAGCACAUUCCCAACAGCCAGCCCUACACUCCCGUCCUCCUGGGAGGUAACGAGAUACAGAGAGACCCGGGAUACCCCAGAGAUGUAAGGCCACCACCUGAUCCAGCCACUUCUCCUACGAAGAGCCCUUUCAGAGUGCCCCCACUGGCUCUGAUUAAUGAGGGUCCAUUCAAAGACUGCCAACAAGCCAAGGAAGCUGGACAUUCCAACAGUGGCAUUUACAUGAUCAAACCUGAGAACAGCAACGAGCCAAUGCAACUGUGGUGUGAGAACAGCCUGGACCCCGGAGGAUGGGCAGUUAUUCAGAAGAGGACAGAUGGAUCUGUCAACUUCUUCAGGAACUGGGACAGUUACAAGAAAGGAUUUGGAAACAUUGAUGGAGAGUACUGGCUGGGACUGGAAAACAUCUACAUGCUCAGCAAUCAGGAUAAUUACAGACUAUUGAUCGAGCUGGAGGACUGGAGCAACAAGAAAGUGUAUGCCGAGUACAGCAGCUUCCGCCUGGAGCCCGAGAGCGAGUUCUACCGGCUGCGCCUGGGCACCUACCAAGGGAACGCGGGCGAUUCCAUGAUCUGGCACAACGGGAAGCAAUUCACCACCCUGGACAGAGACAGGGACAUGUAUUCAGGAAACUGCGCUCACUUCCACAAGGGCGGCUGGUGGUACAACGCGUGUGCCCACUCCAACCUCAACGGGGUGUGGUACAGGGGAGGCCACUACAGGAGCAAGUACCAGGAUGGAAUAUUUUGGGCUGAGUACCGGGGAGGCUCCUACUCCUUGAAAGCAGUUCAGAUGAUGAUCAGGCCUAUAGACUGAGGAGGGAAAUCCCACAGCGCUCAAGUGAUCCCGUGCAAACUUCCCGGUGUUUGAGUUCCAGGAAAAAAAAAAAAUAAAAAAUAAAGUAUUACUUUUUUAAAUCAUUAUUUUGCACAAUCUGCCCCUGCAAAAAGCAGGCCUACAGUUUUCCUGUCUUCUUUUCCCUGUUGUAUUCCCCUCUCCUUUUUUUAGAACCCUUCUCUACUGUGACAGACGGUGGGUUUUUUGAAACACAAAUUCACAAAAGCAGAUGUUUGUGCUUGCAAAGCAUAUUUAUCCUUUGUUCAAGACCAACAUGCUUUAUAUAAACAGUUGUUGAAGCUGGUAAAAAAACCUCCAGAUUUAUGACAAGAUAUAAGCUUUUCCACUUCAAAAAGCUUAUGCUCUUUCAGGUUAGCUCAACCCUUCAAUGUAAAUAUGUGAAAUGACACUGUCUUGCUUUAAUGUGAAAAUUGAUUAGUUAUUUAACAAUUUAUUUAAAAAUGUGGAUAUUGCUUUCAAUGAAAAAUCUGACUUCACAUUACUGUUUGAUAUUUACUCCGAGAAGCUAUGCAAAAAAUUGGAGACAUUUUAGCUUUGCCAGCAGAGAGAUUUUUGCAACAAAUAAUUAUUUCAAAAUGAAGUGGCAAAUCAAACAUAAAAUAUAGAAUUCCUGAAGGAAUUCUCUACACCACUAAGAUCUGCAAGUCCUACCUUCUGUAAAACACUCCCCAUAUAAGAAAAUUGAUUUUAUGAAAUUAUUGGCAAAACUUCAGGCAAUCAAAUUGCUGGGUAUUUUUUUUUACUUUCAACCUCCAUAUUCAAACAUCCUAAUUAAACCAAAGUAUUUCUUGAUAGUUUGAACUUAAACGGCAAAACUGAAAGUCUUGAUAUUAAAAUCAUGGUUUGACACUUGGAGCCCCUUCCCCUGCUCCCAUUAGGAGUGAUGAGAGCAGAUCAAAUAUUCACACAGAGUAAUUUAGAGGUCCAAGUCUCUGAACAUCAGAAGUUUUUGUCCAACACAGAUUUCUGCUGCCACAGUAAAACAAAGGUUAGAAACCAGCUCUGAGUGUGUUCUCCCUGUCAUCCCAAAUUUGGGCAGCUCUUAUGGCACACACGUUUCCCUUCCUCUAUGUGUUUAUAACUUUUGACACUGUCUCUCUUGAAUUUUGUCUCUUAGAGAUAGGAUUUCCACUGGAAUUGAUAGGUAAUUUAGGAAAUUAAAUAGAAAAUACUUCCGAAAUUGGGUACCACAAAACAUUUGCUUUAGUUUACCGGAAUCUCAAAACUAAAGCUUUCUUUUUGUUAUAUAAAAUAACUGUACUUAGUCACACAGGUUGCCUAAUUGUAUUUAAUAUUACAUAAAACUAAAUAUGCUGUUCUGAACUGUAACCAAUGUAUUUGUUUAGCACCUCAUAUGUGCCUCCAGGAUUUUUAAGGAACUUUGCCCCUAUUUAACAUAAGAAACCCUGACAGCUAAAAGAAUAAUCUGAUUGUUACGUUAAAUUAGUCGGGAUCAAAUGAUAGGGAAAGCUUCACAUGUGAUUCAGAGAAGAGGAAACAGCCUUCUGCUUUCAGAACACACUCUCUGGAGUAGAUAAAGCUUCAUUGAUAAUAUAUGGCUGAAAGGGUUGUAAUUAAAUCUUUGGUCAAGAGAUCAAAGCCAACAAAGUUUCACCAAUAUUUAAUCGGGGUUGGCAGCGGUGGGGAAUCAGUCCCAGCAUAUUCCAUUCCCAAAUUCCAAGAACUUUAACUGACACAAAUGUUUACUAUUCCCAUUCUGAAAUUGUUCUUCAUGUAAGGAAUACUUGUUUGUUACAAAUAUCACACAGACCUCAUUGACUGAGUGUCCUACAAAAUGCUUUUUAUUUGCAAAUGCUUAAAAUUCAGACUCUCUAUAGCCUAUCCUUUUUUUCUGUGGUAGCUGGAUAGAUGAGGAGUUCAGGUAAACUUAAAAGCUGAAAAUGCCCUCCAAAAUGUUCCUUUAAUGAACACUUCUGACAGCCUUAGUUCAUUCAACCAGCAGAUUUCCUCUCCUUGGCAGAGAGUUUAUUUUACCCCGAAAAUCUCUUGCCUGCUACAAAAACAGUGUUUGUUUAUUCAGUGUAGUCAGUGAAAUGUGUACUCUGCAGAAACCCCAAAGUAAAAUUAGCUUGCACUCAGCCUUUUAAUUAAAUCUUAUAUAUUAGACACGUAAAAAGUGAGUCUUCCCCAGUUUAAAGCUGCAGGAUGACAUUAACUAAACAUUAUUACAAAAAUACACCCAGAAACCUCAGACUGUACAAAUGCUGAGCCCUGAAAGGAAAGACUUAAUUAAGUUGCCAAUUUAAGAUUACGAGGAGGGAAAGCACAGCAUCUCUUUAACAGGUUGGUUCAUACCCUGUACAAAUAUUCACUUUCAAAUGCCUGUAACUUUAUCAAUUUGCAGCUUUUGGGUUGAACUUCCUGAGCAGGGUGAAGGACUUCAAGAGUUCAAUGUUUUCUCUCCCACUUCUUUUAGAGAUGAUUUUGAAAAGUGGUUGUAGCAUCCCCUUAAACUUCUUGCCCUGGACAUUCUGCCUGUGAAGGACAGAGCCUUCACCACUCCUGUAUCAACAGUCUAAAUUUAACAGGCAGACCCCAAGAAAGUUUAACAUGACCAAACCUGAAACAUGGUUUUCACAUUUAUUUCCAAAAUCUAUUGCAAGCACUAUCACUGAAGUGGCUGAAUAUUCAGCUUAAUAUACUGAAUAUAUUUAAUAACCUGUUUUCAGCUUUUCUGUUUCUUGUUAUAACUCCUCAAAGACAGCUACAAGAAAAUAUUUCACAAGGUAGUUCUGCUUAGUUAAAUA